GUUCUUCCACGCAUCUCUCACGCUCAACCUUCCUUCCACGCAUCUCUCUAUAUAUAUACAUACAGAUUACGACUAUCUUUACGAUUGAUUGCGGAUCUUCUACUUCAACGUAAAUUGACUUCUCAUUAGUAAUCAUGGAAAAGGAGAGAGGGAAUUAAGACAUAAUAUAUAUAUUCUACCCAACAGAUCUAGAUUGAAUCAUUAAUAAUGGCAUUAUGUGGGAUUAACAUGUUCCCAAGUAUGGAGAGCAGUGAAAUAUUGAGUGCGCGCCCUAAUUUGUCUGCAUUACAAGUUAGACCGUCUUUAUAUCCUUUGAUAAACAAGUAUAAUCAUUUCUGCCAAAGGCGAAGCCUGAGACUAAGGUGUCAAUCUUCAAGAGAAAAUGUGUUACCCAUUGAAUCUGAGGAAUGUGGCAAUUCUAAGGUGUCAAUUUGUACAGAGGAAGAUACAGGGAAUGUUAUAAAGUUUAACAUGUCUGAUUUUGAAAUACAUGAUCGUGUCAGUGUAGGGCUCAGUGGAAGGGUUGAUGAAGUGAUUUUUGAAGCUGUUGUGAAGAAUAUUAAUAGCCCAUUGUAUAACUCAAGAGUUGUACUCCGACGUCUAACAAGUGUCCAAGCUCAAAGAAGAGGAAACCGUGCAAUAGAGGUACUAAAGAAGCUAGCUCGUCGAAGACUCCUUUAUCACUCUUAUUCCAUGCAAGUGUAUGGCUAUGUUUGUCCAUCAACCAGUGGUCAUCAUGACUCAUUUACCCUUGUUCACGGGUAUCAUGGUAGUUAUUCUUUAAGGCAUUGGCUUCAACAGUCAGAUUGGCUUCCUACACUUGAAGCUACUCUGUCUUUGGACGAAGAAUCUGUUCGAAGGGUAGGAGAUGACACAGUUGGCGGCCCUACUGUAUCCAGACAAUUGCGACUUAUUCGAUUAUUGAUGAGGGACCUUUUAAUUGGAGUCAAUUACUUGCACAGCCAUGGUCUUGCUCAUACAGAACUGAGGUUGGAGAAUGUACAUAUUUGCCCUGUGGAUAGACACAUUAAGGUAGGGAUACUGGGAAAUGCUGCUGAUUUUUAUGAUAGCAAUCUUAGUGAUAACAAUGUUGAUGCCAACAUGGACAGACGACAAAUGAUGAUUGCCUUUGAUAUGAGAUGUGUGGGCUUCAUCAUGGCAAAAAUGGUGUUACGAGAACUUAUGGACCCAUCUGCAUUCGCAAAAUUCAAAUCAUUUCUUACAAAGGGGAAUUAUCCUGAUUGCCUGCGUGAGUUUAUAUUGCAAAACUUGGGUUGCAAUUUGUCAUAUAGAAAUGUUGGACUACAAAUACUUGACAGGAAUUGGGGUGCUGGUUGGAACCUGCUUUCCUUAUUGCUUGCAAAUAAGCCCUCUGAGAGAAUAAGGUGUCUUGAUGCAUUAAGGCAUCCAUUUUUGUGUGGACCAAGAUGGCGGGUGUAUCCUUCAAUGGAUUUAAUUAGAUGGGGAUUAGGCUCAACAGCAGUCAGGAUCUCUGAGGAGUAUAUUUAUGGCCACCAGCAGCGGAGAAGGCUUGCCCAUUUCAUUGAACUCAUGGAGACAUUGAAUGCUCAUAAAAGACCAAGGGAUUGGCUGGAGUUGCUGCCUGGAAAAUGGCGCCUAUUAUACUGUACAGGAAGACACAUAGGGCUAACCCUGCGCCAACCACGAGCAAGAGUCCUGAUUGGCAACGUUCAUCUGAAUGUAGUAAGAUCAUCAUCAAAGUCACAAACAGAUUUUUCAUUCAGCUCCGAUAUUGGUUUCAAAGUCUUGGUUGGAAAGGAAUGGCCCCAUGACAAGAACGGUGUAAAUGGUCGAUUAAGUAUUGAGUCAAGUUUCAGAAUGAGAGCUGGGAGAAGGUUAUAUUUGAAAGAAGAACGGGUAAAGAAGUGGGAAAAGGCAAUCCCAAAUGAAUUCCCUUCUAGCGUUUCGAUUGCAAGACUUGAUUCUAGUGAAAUUGAUGUGACGUUACAUCUGGGGGAUACGGCAGUUGAUGAUGCAAAGAAUGUGAUUCAGGAAGUUCGGAAACAGAUUCCAAAUGAGAUUUUUGACCUGUCGAGGCUGGUGUGUGGAACAUACUUAGACUCUAGACUUCUGGUCUUAAGAGGGGUUGAUGGAUCAGCACUCUUUUUCACUAGGUCCCAUUUACUAGAUGAAAGUAGUAGUAAGUAAUAGUUAACUUGUAAUAUUGUUGUUGUAAGUUAUUUCUUCCAUUUUUUAUUAUUAUUCUUACUUUGCAGUUUGCAUUGCAUGGA